AAAUUUUAAUGAUUAGAAAUUAAUGUAAAUUGAUCAUCUUAAUAUCAUCUAAAUAUUUGAUAGAUGUUGGUUCUUUUAAAGAUAAAAUAAUAUCCCCUCCUUAUCCCAACUUCAGACAAAUGUUCCUCAGUGUGUAUGUGUUAUAGUCCACGCUCUAAAAUUAUGUUCCUGCCUUUACUACUAAAUUUGAUUGAAUGUAAUAAAGCUAUAUGGAAAAGUAAAGUAAUCCAGACUUUCAGGAAGAGAAUGUAAAGGACUCUCAGUUUUUCUGUGACAUCCAAGAACAGGGGAAACCACAAAUGUAGAAUCAAAGUCUUCUCUGGUAUAUCAUGGAAAUUAGAUUAUUCAAAUUGUAUUAAAGGGGAAUGAAGUUUGUCAUGGAUAGCCCCAAAGCCUUAUAGAAAGGUCUAAGACCACCCCACUCUUUUCUUUUUGCUUAUUUGCUUCACUUUUGUAAGUUAGUCUAAUACAACUAUGCCUAUGGAAAAAAAAGUCUACCUCCUUUUGUUCUCCAUUAAAAUUAAUACAUAAAAUAGGAUAAUUUGUGUCAUAUAUAUUAGAAGUCAGCCCUAUUUUCAAAUUUUUUGUGAACUCAAUAGUUUAUAUAUGUGCGAUUUUUUUCCCCUAAUUUUUCAUCCAAAAACCUUACUUUCAUUUUUUGAAGUCAUAUUGAGUAACUUUGAGAGCCAGAGCCUCCCAAAACUGCUGAGUCACCCACUAUCUGUAAAAGUUAGCAGUUGCUUCAGCUGAAUAUGUCUUCUAAAGAUAAUGUUGAUUGUCUGUGACUGGUGGGAUUCUAGGAUCAAGACAGAGUUUUUUUUUUUUUUUCCCCACAUACUUAACGUUUCUGUAUUUGUACUUGAAUUGGACUAGACAGUUCCAUGUGAAUUAUUUCUCUCUCUCUCUCUCACUCCCUCUCUCUUUCUGACAUAUUUUAUUUUGCCAGGUUCUAAACCUUUAGGAAAAAUGGAGCAAUUUACAAAGGAAACCGUUGUGGAGAGCAGCGGGCCAAAGGUUUUGGAAACAGCAGAAGAGAUCCAGGAGAGGCGUCAGGAGGUGUUGACUCGGUAUCAAAGUUUCAAGGAGCGGGUCGCUGAGAGGGGUCAGAAGCUUGAGGAGUCCUACCACUUACAAGUUUUCAAGCGAGAUGCAGAUGAUCUGGGGAAGUGGAUCAUGGAGAAAGUCAAGAUUUUAAGUGAUAAGAGCUAUGAAGACCCAACUAAUAUACAGGGGAAAUACCAGAAGCAUAAAUCCUUUGAGACAGAGGUGCAAGCAAAAUCAAGAGUCAUGUCUGAACUGGAAAAAACCAGGGAAGAACGAUUUACUGAGGGUCAUUCUGCCCAUGAAGAAACUAAGGCCCAUAUAGAGGAACUACGCCGUCUGUGGGACCUGCUGUUGGAGCUGACCCAGGAGAAGGGUGCCCUGCUGCUGCAGGCCCUCCAGUUCCAGCAGUACAUACAGAAGUGUGCUGACAUCUUAGAGUGGAUCGGAGACAAGGAGGCUAUAGUGACAUCAGUGGAGCUAGGUGAAGACUGGGAGCGCACAGAACUUCUGCAUAAGAAAUUUGAAGACUUCCAAGUGGAUCUGGCAGCUAGAGAGGGGAGAGUCGAUGAAGUGAAUCAAUAUGCCAAUGAGAGUGCCGAGAAAAACCAUCCUGAGCUACCCUUAAUUAAGUUUAAGCAAGAUGAGGUGAAUGCUGCCUGGGAGCGCCUUCAUGGUCUGGCUUUCCAAAGACAGAAAUCUCUGUCCAGUGCUGCAGACCUCCAGCGAUUCAAAAGGGAUGUGACUGAAGCCAUCCAGUGGAUCAAGGAGAAGGAACCUGUACUCACCUCGGAGGACUAUGGAAAAGAUCUUGUUGCCUCUGAAGGACUGUUUCACAGUCACAAGGGACUUGAGAGAAAUCUUGCAGUCAUGAGUGACAAGGUGAAGGAGUUAUGUGCCAAAGCAGAGAAGCUGACAGUUUCCCAUCCCUCAGAUGCACCUGAGAUCCAGCAGAUGAAAGAGGAUCUGGUCUCCAACUGGGAGCAUAUUCGUGCCCUGGCCACCAGCAGAUAUGCAAAACUACAGGCUACUUAUUGGUACCAUCGGUUCUCAUCUGACUUUGAUGAACUCUCAGGCUGGAUGAAGGAGAAGACUGCUGCAAUCAACGCUGAUGAGCUGCCAACAGAUGUGGCUGGUGGAGAAGUUCUGCUGGACAGGCAUCAGCAGCAUAAGCAUGAAAUUGACUCUUACGAUGACCGAUUUCAAUCUGCUGCUGAGACUGGUCAAGCCCUCCUGGAUGCCAGUCAUGAAGCCUCUGAUGAAGUUCGGGAAAAGAUGGAAAUACUUGCCAACAACUGGGCUGCCCUGCUGGAACUGUGGGACAAGCGUCAUCAUCAGUAUGAGCAGUGUUUGGACUUUCACCUCUUCUACCGAGACAGUGAGCAAGUGGACAGUUGGAUGAGCAGACAAGAGGCUUUCCUGGAAAACGAGGAUCUGGGAAACUCACUGGGCAGUGCAGAAGCCCUUCUUCAGAAGCAUGAUGACUUUGAGGAGGCCUUUACUGCCCAGGAAGAGAAGAUUACAACUGUAGACAAGACUGCAACCAAACUGAUUGAUGAUGACCAUUAUGAUUCAGAGAACAUUGCUGCUAUCCGUGAUGGGCUGUUAGCCCGGCGGGAUGCCCUACGUAAAAGGGCUGCCACUAGACGUCGAUUGCUAAAGGAUUCAUUGCUUCUGCAACAACUGUAUCAGGACUCAGAUGACCUAAAGAACUGGAUCAACAAGAAGAAAAAGUUGGCAGAUGAUGAAGACUACAAGGACACACAGAACUUGAAGAGCAGGGUUCAAAAGCAGCAAGCCUUUGAAGAGGAAUUGGCAGAUAAUGAGACCCUGCUCAAAAACAUACAGAAAACUGGCCAAGAGAUGAUUGAUGGUGGUCACUAUGCCUCUGACCACGUGGCCACUCGUCUGAGUGAAGUUGACAGCCUCUGGAAGGACUUGCUGGAGGCGACAGCACAGAAAGGGACCCAGUUGUAUGAGGCCAAUCAGCAGCUGCAAUUUGAAAAUAAUGCAGAAGAUCUGCAGCACUGGCUAGAGGAGGUGGAGUGGCAAGUCACCUCUGAGGAUUAUGGGAAAGGCCUGGCCGAUGUGCAGAAUCGACUCAGGAAACAUGGCCUCCUGGAGUCAGCUGUCACUGCUCGUCAGGAUCAGGUGGAUACCCUCACAGAGCUGGCUGCAUAUUUUGAAGAAAUAGGCCUUCCUGAUUCUAAGGACAUACGGGCAAGGCAGGAGUCCUUGGUAUCCCGAUUUGAAGCUCUGAAAGAGCCACUGGCUACCCGGAAGAAGACGCUCUUUGACUUACUCCAACUACAGCUGAUUUGUAGAGACACAGAGGAUGAGGAGGCCUGGAUCCAAGAGACUGAACCCUCAGCUGCUUCCACCUACCUUGGAAAGGACCUGAUUGCCUCCAAAAAUCUUCUGAAUAGGCACCAAGUCAUCCUGGAGAACAUUGCCAGCCAUGAACCACGCAUUCAAGCGAUAACAGAAAGAGGGGAAAAAAUGGUAGAGGAAGGACACUUUGCUGCAGAAGAUGUGGCCUCUAGGGUCGAGAGUUUGAACCAGAAUAUGGAGUCUCUCCGUGCUAGAGCUGCUAGGCGACAAAAUGAUCUGGAAGCCAAUGUCCAGUUCCAGCAGUACCUGGCUGACCUGCAUGAAGCAGAAACAUGGAUCAGAGAGAAGGAGCCUAUUGUAGACAAUACUAACUAUGGGGCUGAUGAAGAAGCGGUUGGGGCUCUUCUAAAGAAGCAUGAGGCCUUUCUAUUGGAUCUCAAUGCAUUCGGAAACAGUAUGGAAGCUCUACGAAAUCAGGCAGAAGCGUGCCAGCAACAACAGUCCGCACCAGUGGAGGGAGCUGCUGGAGAACAAAGGGUCAUGGCUUUAUAUGACUUCCAGGCCCGCAGCCCCCGAGAAGUCACCAUGAAGAAAGGUGAUGUCUUAACACUGCUCAGUUCCAUCAAUAAGGACUGGUGGAAGGUGGAAGCUGACGAUCAUCAGGGCUUUGUCCCAGCGGUUUAUGUCAAGAGACUGGCCCAUGAUGAGUUUCCAAUGCUCCCACAGCGGCGACGAGAAGAGCCAGGCAACAUCACUGAACGCCAGGAGCAGAUUGAGAACCAGUACCGCUCCCUCUUGGAUCGCGCAGAAGACCGCAGACGUCGUCUGUUGCAACGUUACAAUGAAUUUUUUUUGGCCUAUGAGGCAGGAGAUAUGUUGGAAUGGAUUCAAGAGAAAAAGGCAGAAAAUACUGGGGUGGAACUAGAUGAUGUUUGGGAGCUGCAGAAAAAGUUUGAUGAGUUCCAAAAGGAUUUGAAGACCAAUGAACCUCGGCUAAGGGAUAUCAACAAGGUAGCUGAUGAUCUACUAUUUGAAGGACUUCUAACACCGGAAGGAGCUCAAAUUCAGCAGGAUUUGAAUGCCCGCUGGGGCUCCUUGCAGAGGCUUGCAGAUGAACAGCGGCAACUGCUGGGCAGUGCCUAUGCUGUUGAGAUGUUUCACAGAGAAGCAGGUGAUACGAAGGAGCAGAUUGAGAAGAAGUGCCAGGCCCUCAGUGCCGCAGACCCUGGCUCAGAUCUGUUCAGUGUUCAGGCUCUUCAGCGACAGCAUAAGGGCUUUGAAAGGGACCUCACACCCCUGGGAGAUAAGGUGAUCAUAUUGGGGGAGACAGCAGAGCGGCUCUGUGAGUCCCAUCCAGAUGCCAGUGAGGACCUUCAGAGACAGAGGAUGGAGCUGAAUGAGGCCUGGGAUGAUCUGCAGGGGCGUACAAAGGAUCGUAAGGAGAACCUAAAUGAAGCCCAGAAAUUCUAUCUGUUCCUCAGCAAAGCCAGGGAUCUGCAGAAUUGGAUCAGCAGCAUUGGUGGCAUGGUAUCAUCUCAGGAGCUGGCUGAAGACUUAACUGGCACAGAGAUCUUGCUGGAGAGACAUUGGGAGCACCGUGCUGACAUGGAGGCAGAGGCUCCCUCCUUCCAAGCCUUAGAGGACUUUGGUGCAGAACUUAUAGACAGUGGGCACCGUGCCAGCCCUGAAAUUGAAAAAAAGCUUCAAGCUGUCAGGCUAGAGAGAGAUGAUUUGGAGAAGGCUUGGGAACAACGCAAGAAGUUCCUAGACCAGUGCCUGGACUUGCAGAUGUUUCAAGGGAACUGUGAUCAAAUUGAGAGCUGGAUGGUGGCACGUGAGAAUUCCCUGAGGUCAGAGGACAAAGGUCUCUUAGAUAGUCUGGAGACCCUGAUGAAGAAACGGGACGAUUUGGACAAAGCAAUCACUGCCCAGGAAGGGAAGAUCACUGACCUAGAACAUUUUGCUGAGCGCCUCAUUGCUGAUGAACACUAUGCCAAGGAAGAGAUUGCUACUCGGCUCCAACGUGUGCUAGACAGAUGGAAGGCUCUCAAAGCACAACUGAUUGCUGAGCGGACAAAGCUUGGAGACUAUGCUGACCUAAAACAAUUCUACCGUGACCUUGAAGAGCUGGAAGCAUGGAUCAGUGAAAUGCUGCCCACAGCCUGUGAUGAAUCCUACAAAGACCCCACUAACAUUCAGAGGAAAUACCUGAAACACCAGACCUUUGCAAAUGAAGUCCAUGGCCGAGCUGACCAGGUGGAUGGCGUUAUCAACCUGGGAAGCUCCCUGAUUGAGCGGAGCGCUUGUGAUGGCAAUGAAGAGGCCGUGAAGGAGCAACUGAAAGAGCUGAAGGAACAUUGGGAUCACCUGCUUGAGAGAACAAAUGACAAAGGGCAGAAGCUCAAUGAGGCCAGUCGUCAACAGAGGUUCAACACAAGCAUCCGGGACUUUGAGUUCUGGCUCUCAGAGGCAGAGACAUUACUGGCCAUGAAAGAUCAAGCCAGGGACUUGGCUUCAGCAGGAAACCUACUCAAGAAGCAUCAGCUAUUGGAGACAGAGAUGAUGGCUCGAGAGGAUGCACUCAAGGACCUGAAUACAUUGGCUGCAGAUCUGCUCUCCAGCGGGACUUUCAAUGUUGACCAGAUUACAGAGAAAAGAGAUAGUGUCAACGAGCGUUUUCUGAAUGUCCAAGACUUGGCAACUGCACACCAUGAAAAACUGAAAGAGGCCUAUGCCUUGUUCCAGUUCUUCCAGGAUCUAGAUGAUGAGGAGUCCUGGAUACAAGAGAAGUUGAUACAAGUGAGCUCCCAGGACUAUGGGAGAGAUCUUCAGGGCGUUCAGAACUUGCUGAAGAAGCACAAACGCCUAGAGGGGGAGCUGGUGGCACAUGAGCCUGCUAUCCAGAAUGUGCUGGAUAUGGCGGAGGAGCUGAAAGACAAGGCUGCUGUGGGGCAAGAGGAGAUCCAGUUGCGGCUGGCUCAGUUUGUUAAACAUUGGGAGAAGCUCAAAGAGUUGGCCAAGGCCCGAGGACUUCAGUUGGAAGAAUCCCUAGAAUACUUGCAAUUCAUGCAGAAUGCUGAGGAAGAGGAGGCUUGGAUCAAUGAAAAGAAUGCUAUGGCUGCCCGAGGGGAUUCUGGAGAUACAUUAGCUGCUACUCAGAGCUUGCUAAAGAAGCAUGAAGCUUUGGAAAACGACUUUGCUGUCCAUGAGACCCGAGUACAAAAUGUGUGUGCACAAGGAGAAGACAUCCUAAAUAAGGUUUUACAGGAGGAAAGUCAGAACAAAGAGAUUUCUUCCAAGAUAGAGGCUCUCAAUGAAAAGACCCCUUCUCUAGCCAAGGCAAUAGCUGCUUGGAAGUUGCAAUUGGAAGAUGAUUAUGCCUUUCAGGAAUUCAACUGGAAGGCUGAUGUGGUAGAGGCCUGGAUAGCUGAUAAGGAAACAAGCCUGAAGACCAAUGGCAAUGGUGCAGAUCUUGGUGACUUCCUCACACUCCUGGCAAAACAGGACACUUUGGAUGCCAGUCUACAGAGUUUUCAGCAAGAGAGACUUUCUGAGAUCGCUGACCUGAAGGAUCAACUGAUUGCUGCUCAACACAGCCAGUCUAAAGCCAUUGAAGAGCGUUAUGCUGCCCUGCUGAAGCGCUGGGAACAGUUGCUAGAAGCCUCUGCAGUCCACAGACAGAAAUUGAUGGAGAAACAGCUGCCUCUACAAAAGGCUGAGGAGCUGUUCAUGGAAUUUGCACAUAAGGCUUCAGCUUUCAACAACUGGUGUGAAAAGGCAGAAGAAAACUUGUCAGAGCCUGUGCACUGUGUCUCUCUGAAUGAAAUUCGGCAGCUGCAGAAAGACCAUGAGGAUUUCUUGGCCUCCUUGGCUGGGGCUCAAGCAGACUUUAAAUAUUUGCUGGAGCUAGACCACCAGAUUAAGGCCUUAGGUGUGCCUUCUAGCCCUUAUACCUGGUUAACAGUGGAGGCGCUGGAGAGGAUCUGGAAGCACCUAUCUGACAUCAUCGAGGAACGGGAGCAGGAGCUGCAAAAGGAAGAGGCAAGACAGGUCAAGAACUUUGAGAUGUGUCAGGAGUUUGAACAGAAUGCUAGUGCCUUCCUUCAAUGGAUCCUGGAAACCAGGGCUUACUUUCUGGAUGGAUCAUUGCUCAAAGAAACAGGAACUCUGGAAUCCCAGCUGGAAGCAAAUAAAAGAAAACAGAAGGAGAUCCAGGCAAUGAAGCGUCAACUAACCAAGAUUGAGGACCUGGGGGACAACUUGGAAGACGCUCUGAUCCUUGAUAUCAAAUACAGCACCAUUGGAUUGGCCCAGCAGUGGGACCAACUCUACCAGCUUGGGUUGCGGAUGCAACACAACCUGGAGCAACAGAUCCAGGCCAAGGACACCAUUGGUGUGAGUGAAGAGACUCUAAAGGAGUUUAGCACAAUCUAUAAACACUUUGAUGAGAAUUUGACAGGGCGCUUGACUCACAAAGAGUUCCGGUCCUGCCUAAGAGGACUCAAUUACUACUUGCCUAUGGUGGAGGAGGGUGAACCUGAGCCCAAGUUUGAGAAGUUCCUGGAUGCCGUGGAUCCAGGGAGGAAGGGCUAUGUCUCACUGGAGGACUAUACCUCAUUCCUGAUUGACAAGGAGUCAGAAAACAUCAAGUCCAGCGAUGAAAUAGAGAAUGCUUUCCAAGCGCUGGCGGAGGGCAAGGCAUAUAUUACCAAAGAAGACAUGAAGCAGGCCCUUACCCCCGAGCAAGUGUCAUUCUGUGCCACACAUAUGCAGCAAUAUAUGGACCCACGGGGUCGAAGCCAUCACUCUGGCUACGACUACGUUGGCUUCACCAACUCCUACUUUGGCAACUAAUAAGCAGCUCCUCGUGGAUCAAGAAAAUCUUAGUGUCAUGAGAAAUUUACUGGGAGGUGAAGAGUACAGGCAAAUGUGGAAGAUAAAGAUGGCCGUGUGUGUGUGUGUGUGUAUGUGUGUGUGUAUUACACUUAUUGCAGGAUCUUAAAUAAUCUCAAGGGUGGGUGAUAGGUUAAUAGAGUUGGAGGAGUGGAAGCUAUUUUGUACGCAACUAGUCACUGCUGAGGGGCGUCAAGGUUUCUAUUUUUAUUUGUUCUGUUUUGCAUAUCAUUAUUUUUUGUUUUAUUCUGAUAAUAGAAUAAAGUACUUCUUUUUAAAAAUAUUUUUGGGGAAAAGUUAAGUAAAAUGUUGAACUUCUGUAUUUCUGGGAAAUGUACUCAUAUAAGGGUGGGCAGCUAAUUGUACCGUAAAGAAAGGCCAUGGUAGAGUAGAUAAAUAAAAUCCAAGGCAAUUUGCAAAUUAUUUUUUAAACUUUGGAAUAUAUUCAAAUUUAAAUUUGAAAAUGAAGGUAUUUGAUAUCCCGGGGAACAUCAGUAUUUUAGUUUGCACAAUGAAACAACACACAGAUCCGCAUAACACCUGCUUUAUUUUUAACUUAUUUUUUCCAUACUUCAAAAUUAUAGUAUAUGUUGUUAUUUUCAGAAUGACAAAAUUCCAGCAAAGCAGGGUUUUCUAGUGUCCUCCAGGCUCCUGCAUUUUCUCUUAAGUUUUAAUGUAAUAAAAAUAAUACUUCCAUAUCCUAUUAAAGUAAUAGUUAAUACAAUUAUUUUUUAAAUUAAUUUAAAGAAUUAAUUUAAAAAGGAAGAGGUAAUGCUAUCUUCAGAAACUUUCAGGCCAGGUUUACUCUGAACAGAUUUACAUGCUGACAUUCUGAAUUGAUUUAUGAACAGUAAUGGUGUCAUUUGCUGGUGAGAAAUCUGAGAUCAUUUACUUGCUGUUAUAAAACUCCUAGCAUUCUGCACAAAUAGUUCCCACUCACCAAUUCAUUAAUGUUGCCACUUGAUUACCAUCUUAAGUACCAGUCCCUUCCUUUGGCAUGGAAAUUAAUCUGUCCUGGGUAAAUGCUGUCACAGGAGCCUUUUAAAAAAUUGGUUAAAGAUAAAAAGUUAUCACUAAUGCUAACAACAUAUACAGGUGUUUUAGUGAUUCUUUUCUUAAAUAGUCAAAUAUUACAGAAUGUAACAAGCAGAAAGUAUUUUCAAAAUUAAUGUUCAUAAAUGUCUAAAUUGUCUUAUUAUGAGUUACCAAAAAUAGCACAGUUAGAAAAGUUAUAGGCCAUCAAAAAUUAGUAUUGUUUAAUAUCACCCUUACCACAUAUGGAUAGUCUAAAACUAUUUGUGCUGAAAAUAAUCAUAAGCAAAGGCAGAUGUGGUUUCAUUCCCCCAAUGCUAAGCCUGCCAAAAUUUUUCAAAGCCUAAAUAGUAUUAUUAGUCAUUUAGUGGGUCAAAUCAUGCUCUUAAAGACAAAGAAUAAUUAGCUUCACCCUAAAAAAGAGAUUGGUUAAUAUAAAGGCUAGAAAACCAAAAUAAAAAUAACAUCAGAUGAAACUGUCAUAACUGUAUAUAGCUUUUUCCGAAAUCAGAUCUGUCCACCUAUGCACUCAAGUAAAAAGUAGUAAUAAUAUUGCAAUCUGCAUAAAUAAUUUAGCAGGGGUUAUAAAUGUUUGACAUAUAAUAUUAUAAUUAGAAUUUGCAUCAAAUUUCCCUCUUCCUCUCAGAGUUAAGUGCCUCCUAAUUCUUAUCUUUUCUUGACCUUCUACCAACUUUAAACUGAAAUCCUUGCCCUAUCUUUCUAAUUAUCUUCUUAGUUAGUCAGGAUUAGAUUUAAAACCUAACAAGUCUGACUCCAGAGUUUCUGGUAUUAAUUGGCUCUUUCAAAGGACCAGGAGUUGGGCAUAUGUGGUCAUGUUCAUAGCAGAAGGACCUUUGUUUUACUGUUCAUGUGUACCUGAAAUAAGACUUUGCCCUUUUUAAGCACAUAGUCACAUACUUAAUCAAGGGAGAAAAUUUGAUUCACCAAAGAUUUUGAAGACUAUGUUGUCCCUAUCCCAGAUCAAUUAUUUCAAGGUCUGUAGAGAUAGAUCCCAGAAACACCUGUUUG